GAGGAGAGAGAGAAAAUGGUUUCAGUGAUGGUGGUGCUCGCUAUCGUUCUGUGCUUCUUUCUAGCUCUUCUCUAUCUGGCAGAGAAGAAAAACCCUAAAUUAGGGUUCCCGGGGCAAUAUGGAUGGCCCAUUGUCAGAGAGAAUUUCACUUGGUACCGCUCUACAUCCCAAACUACAAUGUUAGACUUCCUUCAACCGAGAAUCUCCAGGUAUGGGAGAAUAUUCAUGUCUCAUCUCUUUGGAAAGCCAUCUCUUCUCUCAGUUGAUCCCGAAUUCAAUAAAUGGGUUAUGCAAAACGAGGGCAAAUUGUUCAAAGCCAUGUACACCGUAAGCUUUAGGAAGGCCAUCGGGAAAUACGGCCUAAUCGCCGUCCAUGGCGAUCUGCAAAGGAAGCUUCACGGGAUCGCUGUCAAUCUACUCGCCCCUGAUAAGCUAAGGAGCCAUUACAUGGCUGACGUGGAGUCCCGAGUCAUUAAUAGCGUCGCGAGUUGGAUCGGCGAGGAAGUGCGCCUCCAAGACGAGUGCCAUAAGAUUGUUUCGGAGCUUAUGUGCAAGCAAUUGCUAGACUUGGACUCCAUUGAGGAAAUGGAGGAGAUUGACAAAGAGUUUGUGGCAUUCACAAAAACCGUUCUUUGCUUUCCCAUCGCCUUUCCCGGUACAAAUUUCGCCAAAGGAAUGAAGGCAAGGAAAGCAUUGGACACGAAGAUUUACAAAGCGAUCAAGGACCGGGAGGACCAUCCGGAGGUGCAGCGUGGUGACUUGUUGACGAGGUUGCUGAGGGAAGAGAAACCUCUUCCAACAGAGGUGGUGGUGGACUUCAUAAUCUUCUUGCUUUUUGCAGGCCAUGAAACUUCAUCAAGAUCCAUGACUCUUGCUGUUAAAUUCAUAACAGACCAUCCAGAGGUGCUAGAGCGCCUUAGGGAAGAGCAGGAUGCCAUUGCCAAGAACAAGAAGGGAGAAAGGCUUACAUGGGAGGAUUAUACCUCCAUGAACUACACUCAAUGUGUCAUCAACGAGACGCUUAGAAUGAGCAGUGUUUCUCCCAUGGUGCUUCGUGAAUCGACAGAAGACGUGGAAUUUGAUGGCCACACAAUCCCUAAAGGCACUCAUGUCGUCCUUAUGAGCAAUGGGGUUCACAGGGACUCAGAGUACUUCACUUCGCCGCUGGUCUUCAAUCCAGACAGAUGGUGGGACUUUGAAAAUGAUAAAUUUGUGAACUAUACCUGCUUCACCCCGUUCGGCGGAGGAGCACGACUGUGCCCUGGGGCUCAAUUGGCUCGCCUGGAAAUUGCAAUUUUGCUUCACUAUUUAGUUACAAGAUGCAGCUGGAAGUUGGUGAAGGAAGAUCGCAUCACGGAGUUCCCUUUGCCAACACUCGUUGAAGGUCUCCCAUUACGCGUGUUCUCUAGACUUUAAUGUUUCUUUUAUAUAGUGAUUACAAAAUCAGUGACUCGAUCUACUGAUUCUCCCGAUCUGACAUAGGUACGGGUGUGACCGAUUCAAAUCACCGAUCCAUUUUUUGAAAUACUGCUUUCACAUAAGUGAAUUUCAUAAAGCAUCUAUGUCUCUGUUUUUUCUCUCUUUUUUACUUGGGAGUUAAGAUUAUGAAGAAGAAGAUUGAUAUGUCUCUCUCCCUGCACUGAGUCAUUUUUCUUUUUUUUUUCUUUUUCUUUUUUGUGAAUGUUAAUGGA